AUGGUUAAUAGAAACCAGGAUGCAGACGAAGUAAUUCAUAGGUUCAGGCGAGAAAACAUGAUGGAAAAUGACUUAACUAGUAUAAUAGAGAGAAUCAUGGCCCAGAAUGGUCUGAAUACAGGACUUCGACGGCCAAAUUACUCCUCUCCUUUAUCAGAAUAUGUCCUGCAAACAGAAUUACCAAGGGGUUGUAAAAUCCCUAAGUUCACCAAAUUCUCAAGGGAUAUUAGUGAAUCCACUAUAGAGCACAUAGCCAGAUACAUGACUGAGGCAGGGGAUUUGGCGAACAGUGAGAACCUGAGGAUGAAAUAUUUCCCUAGUUCUUUAACAAAGAACGUCUUCACGUGGUUUACAACUUUGCCACCAAAUUCCAUAGAUGCUUGGCCUCAGUUGGAAAGAUUGUUUCAUGAACAAUUCUACAUGGGCCAAACUAAGAUAAGUCUUAAGGAAUUAGUCAGUAUCAAAAGAAAAUUCACCGAACCUAUAGAUGACUAUCUGAAUAGGUUUCGUUUGUUGAAAUCUAGAUGCUUUACAAUAGUGUCUGAACACGAGUUUGUCGAAAUGGUCGCUGGAGGUUUAGACUAUUCGAUCAGGAAAAAGUUAGAUACCCAGCAUCUAAAAGACAUGGCCCAAUUAGCAGAUAGGGUUCGACAGGUCGAACGCUUAAAAUCUGAAAAGGCCAGAGCGAAUAAGAAUUAUAAGAAAGAGAGGGUUGCUUAUGUCGAAUUCGAAGAAGGGGAGUCUGAAAUCUCUGAAGACCCUUAUGGUCUUGAGGAAUCCGAAGUAGAUUUGGCUGAAUUAAAAGAAACACCACCUUAUGCCUGCAAAUUACUUACACCUUCGAAUGGCAGAAACCCUGUCGAAACUGAAAAGAAUGAUAGAUUUCCCAAAACGACUUACAUAUUUGAUGUUACCAAAUGUGACAAGAUCUUCGAUUUAUUAGUAAAAGAUGGAUAA